AAAUCAAAGCUCUUCCGUACGAAUGUUCUUUUGGUCCCAUUGGGUGAUGAUUUUCGCUACAGUGAUAGUUCAGAGUGGGAUCAGCAAUACCAGAACUAUCAAAAACUGUUUGAUUACAUGAACUCUCACCCUGAACUCCAUGUUAAGGCACAGUUUGGUACACUGUCCGAUUAUUUUGAAGCUCUCCGAACAGUUACCAGCCUUGAUGAAUCCAAAGGCCCCUCAUUUUUUCCAGUAUUAAGUGGUGAUUUCUUCACUUAUGCAGAUAGAGACGAUCACUACUGGAGUGGAUACUUUACCUCCCGGCCUUUCUACAAACGUAUUGCAAGAGUCAUGGAAUCUCAGCUAAGGUCUGCAGAAAUACUGUAUUCUCUAGCUAUUGUACAAGCUCAGAGAAAUCAAAAACUGUCAGCUUUUCCAUCAGCAGAACAUUAUAAAUUACUGACGGAAGCCAGGAGAAAUUUGGGACUUUUUCAGCACCAUGAUGCUAUCACUGGAACAGCAAAAGACUGGGUGGUGGUGGAUUAUGGCACAAGGCUGUACCACUCACUGAUGAACCUGAAGAAAGUGAUAGUAGAUUCAGCACAUCUUCUUAUUCUGAAGAAUAAAGACAUGUACAGCUACAACCCCUCUACUCCGUUCUUCAGUAUGGAUGAAGUGCAGAAAGCUCAGGAUGCAUUACCGCAAAAGACAGUUAUUAAAGUUACAGGCCAUCCAAGGCCCAUUGCAGUCUUUAAUCCUUUCGAACAAGAGCGUUUGUCUGUUGUUUUUCUGUGUACGUUAGUUCUCCAAAAAUUAAGGUGAUGGAUGCAGCUGGAAAAUCUUUGAAAGCCCAGAUCAGUGCGGUAUGGGAUGGAGCUGCUGUGGUUUCUCAAGACACUUAUCA